CGCACCGAAAGGCUCACAGGCAUGCCUCAAACUCUCUACCAGUUCGGCAUCAACCCAGCAAAACCUUCCUCCAAAGCCCUCACUCCAAAAGUAAUCGCCACAAGCGAAGAGAUCAAGAUCCUAUGGUCCUCAUGGUGUGAUCUAAUUUACAUGACCACCAAUACCUCUGAAGUCCGCACCAUAAUCUACAGCGGCACAAGUCUCAGCCCCGCUCAGCAGGACGACUUCGCUUCUCCGCAUUCCAUAAUCAAUCAGGCACUCGCAGACCCAACAUGUCGUCUGACUUUCUUCGGCAGCACAAUGCAUGAUGGGGUACGCGGCUAUAUCUGUAAUCGGCGGCUCAGGAUUUUCAGUACGCCAGCUGAACAAACUGGAUUUGAGCAGGACAUCGGAACAUGGGAUUUUCUCGCGUCACCAGUCGGGGAGAUCAGGGUGUGCAGAGACGAUUCGGUGCUUGUUUCUCUGCCUCCAUGCACACAUGAAAUCAGAGAGGCGAGCGCUCAUGGCAACAUCGCCACUAUGCCGCAUCUCAAAUAUCUCGGCAGUCGCUAUGCAACGAGCGAGUCAAUUCACCAUGUGGCCGACAUCAUGCCAACCCAACUCGUGGUCAACGCAACGACAGCGACAGCCCUUUCACAAUCUGGCCAACUCUACACACGUACAACUGACCCGCGCUACCCUUCCACCUUAGGUCGUCCGUACACAGGAGCGUUGACCUUCGACCCUGUGCCCUACCUGGUAGAAUUGCGCAUGACGAAGAUAGCAUCUGGUGGCUACAUAACUGCAGCGAUCAGUGAAGAUGGAGAGUUGUUUCUUUGGGGCCAGUCAAAUCCGGGCACAGACGGGGAUUUGGGAGUGUUGCAUAGACUGGACUACAACACCGAUGCUUCGGUGAGCAAGGAAACUGCCAUCUGGGGUGAUAAUUUGCAGGGUGAAGACGUGAAGUGCUUGAACAUACACAUCGAUGGGAGAGACGCAUCAGCAUAUGAUGUUGCCGUAGGGUACGGUCAUGUCCUCGUUGCAGCAAAGGAUGAGACUGGCGAGCAAGCGGUGUUCACCUCCGGCUGUGGAGCCGAAGGUCAGCUGGGCAUUGGCAGGUCAGUUGAGUUUAAAGAAGAAUUCGGGGAGGUUGUAGCUAUAAGAACGAAGCGUGUGGUACAGCUGGCAGCAGGGGGCUGGUCCAGCUUUAUCGUCACAGAAGACUGCACGAAAAUGUGAGAAAUGCUGGAAUUGGAAAGAUGCGCAACUAGAAUGUCGAAGGAGGAUGUUCUCAGGCUGGCCACAUCGGAGCAUGUCAGCGCCUAACCAGAUCAGAAAAAGGCGUCUGUUCCAGCACGUGCUGCCUUUGUACCCUAAACUCUGAGAUAACAUCAGCCGACAGUUCGAGGAGGAUCAUCGCGAUGGAGUAGCCCUUGCUGUUGUAGCAAUGUAAGUGGACACACUACCUCGAAUGUCG